AACCAUGGUUAGAGGAAAAGGUAAUGAUGAUCCUCUGAUUCUCGAGCCCUUUUGCAUAAAAGAGGAAGUGAAUUGAGCGCUUUCCGCAAUUCAUCCUCUUCCAUUUCUCACAAGAGACAAAUUGAAUUGAAAACAAACCCUAGAAGAAAGAAAAAACGCUAUGUCGGACGAGGAACACCACUUCGAGUCCAAGGCCGAUGCUGGAGCCUCCAAGACCUUUCCACAACAAGCUGGUACCAUUCGCAAGAAUGGCUACAUCGUAAUCAAGAACCGUCCCUGCAAGGUUAUGGAGGUUUCAACAUCAAAGACGGGAAAACAUGGUCAUGCUAAGUGCCAUUUUGUUGGAAUUGAUAUAUUCAAUGGAAAAAAACUUGAAGAUAUUGUUCCUUCAUCCCACAAUUGUGAUGUUCCUCAUGUUAACCGUACUGAUUAUCAGCUGAUUGAUAUCUCUGAAGAUGGUUUUGUGAGUCUUCUGACUGAAACUGGAAACACCAAGGACGAUCUCAGGCUUCCCACCGAUGAAAAUCUGCUCAGCCAGAUUAAAGAUGGGUUUGCUGAGGGGAAGGACCUCGUAGUGAGCGUCAUGUCUGCAAUGGGAGAGGAGCAGAUAUGUUCCCUUAAGGACAUUGGUCCUAAAAAUUAAAGAUGAUGCUAUAGCAUUAGCUACAGCUGAUGGUGAAACAGUCUCUAUGUUUGCUGACAAGGAAUUUUUUAUCUACUGCGCAUAUGUACAACAAACUUCUAUUAAGACAGUAUUUUAGCUGUGUAAUGAAGACCUUUAAGGCUUGUAUGGAGGAGGUGCGGAAAGGAACUGAAGCUGCUCAUUUCCUGAUGGAGGGAACUCGGGUGAUUUGGAAGGAUAUGGAAUAUAUAAAUAUUUCUGUUUUAUAUAUUUCCUGGUUAUUGGAGAUAAAUAAAGGUAUGUAUCACCUCCCUGAGGACACAUGUUUCCCCGUUAAAUUUCUGAUAAUGAGAGCUUUAAAAGCCAA